AUGGCAGAAAACAUUGGGUCUACAAAGAACGAUGAAGUUAGGAGAAAAUUAUUCGACUGGGCCAUGCAAGGCAAGUGGGAUGAAGCGAUGAAACUAUACAAGCAACACCUCUGGCUCCGUUCCGAAAAGAUCACCAAAGACGGCGACACAGCACUGCACAUAGCUGUCCGGGAUCGCCAAGAAUGGGUUGUUGGAGAAAUGGUUAAGCUUGUUACUACUCCUGAACAAAAUGAGGGUGUUCUAAAAUCACAAAACGACAAAAAGAACACCCCUCUCCAUUUGGCAGCAUCGAUAGGUAAUGUUUCAAUGUGCGAAUGCUUCACUAAGGAGCACAAUGAUCUUGUAGGUAUUUGUAAUGAAGAUGGGGAAAACCCCCUCUUCUUGGCAGCUCGCCAUGGUAAGAUAAAGGCUUUCAAUUGCCUCCUACCUAAAGCUUUGGAAUUAAGUGUUGCCUUCAAAACCGACCAUAUCCACUGUAGGAACAAAAAAGGCGAAACAAUUCUUCAUUGUGCCAUUGAUGAAGGACACUUCAAAUUGGCAUUUCUAAUAAUCGAAAGAUAUGAAGAUCUCUGUAGCAAAUAUGAUGAGAAAGGAGUCAGCCCUCUCCAUCUCCUGGCAAGUCAGCCUACUGCAUUCAGAAGUGGAACUUACCUCGGCCUGAUUGACAAAAUCAUUUAUCAUUGUACAUUUGUCCUUCCACCGGGUUUUGGAGAUGCAGAGAAAUCUGAUGAUCCAGCAGAGAGGCAAACACUUGUGAAAUUGUUGCCAGUGCUUUGGAACAACAUCAAAGGACUGUUUUUCCUUAUAAUCACAUUUAUCAAAAUAUGCAUUAAUCCUUCAGGUGCAGAAAAAGCAGAAAACGCUAGGACAACUUUAGACGAGGAGACGCCCGAACAGGCCAUCCCUAAACAAGGGUCGGCUUCCACCCCUGGUCAAGGUGCUCAUGAGCACAGUAAAGAGGAUGAAAAAAAGGUGGGGUUGAGUCAACUUCCAGAUGAUCUACGUAAUUUUCCAAUGAACUAUGAUACUUGCUUCAACUUCAUCAGGCUUCUAAUCCAAGCAAUUCUCAUACCCUUGGGAAUAGGGCGAAGUUAUAUAAAAAAGAUACAGAAGAAGAAAGAGAAGAACUUUUUUUCUGCUAAGAUCUUGGAAAAACUACUUGACAAAGGUAAAGGCAGAUGGUAUGAUAGCACUGGGAAAGAUCCCCUAUACAAGGACAGAACAAUCCUUUACGAGAAGGAACAAUUGGGGGACACUGGACCGUCGGGUUUGCCACUUAAUACACCUGAUAUACACACGGAAAGCCCCAAAGAAGGGACAAGUGAAGAUGAGUUUAGUAAGGUCAUGCACAAACUACUCGAAGAAGCUCAAAGACCGGGUGGCCUCAUACGCAAGCUAUUUGAGCAAGAAGUUCAAACAAAUAGAUCACCUACAGUAAAUGACAGGAACCAAAAAAGUAACAAGGAGGAUUCAAAUUGGUCUCCAAUGGAAACAAUGUGUAAAGCCAUCAGCCAAGCUGCGAAAAAAUUGGGUGAUGAGCUUCUUUCGGAAAUUGAGAAUAAAAAUCAAGAGAAAGGAAAAUUGUGGACACCUAUAUUAAUUGCAGCAAAGAAUGGUAUCAAGGAAAUGGUGGAGAGCAUUCUUAUCUGUUCCCCCAUGGCCAUUCAUGACGUGAGCCCAGAGAAGAAGAACGUAGUAUUAUUGGCCGUGGAGAACAGGCAUCCCCAUGUGUAUAAGGUUUUACUGAAGAAUGUGAAUAACAUGACCGAUAGUGUAUUUGGUGCAGUGGAUAAUAAUGGGAACAGUGCGUUGCAUCUCGCUGCGAUGUUUACUGAUAAUAAGCCUUGGCUUACUCCUGGUGCUUCAUUGCAAAUGCAGUGGGAAGUCAAGUGGUUUGAGUAUGUGAAGAAGUCCAUGCGACCAAAUUUCUUCCCCGCCCUCAACAAUGAUAAAGAGUCCCCACAGCAGAUUUUCACAGAUAAGCACAAAGAUCUGGUGCAGAAGGGUGGAGAAUGGCUAAGCAGUACAGCCACUUCGUGCUCUGUAGUGUCUACACUCAUUGCGACCGUCGCCUUCGCCACAUCAACGACUUUGCCUGGUGGCAACAAGGAAAUUACUGGAAUGCCCGUUCUUGAGCUGAAGCCUGCAUUUCAUCUGUUUGCAAUUUCAUCACUUGUUGCUCUUUGUUCUUCAAUCACCUCCACUAUCAUGUUUCUUGCCAUCCUCACAUCCAGGAAUCAAGAAAAAGACUUUGCCAGGUACCUGCCCGGAAAGCUUUUGGUUGGAUUAACAACUCUUUUUGUGUCCAUAUUGGCAGUUUUGGUCUCCUUCUGCUCUGCCCACUUCUUUGUGCUCCAAAAAGAUCUCAGAAUGUAUGCACUUCCAAUAUAUGUAGCAACGUGCUUGCCAGUAACUCUUUUUGCCAUAGCCCAGCUUCCAUUAUACGUUGAUCUCAUAUGGGUUACUUUCAGCAAAGUGCCUCAGCCUCCUUUGGAGGACAAUGCCUAG